AUGGGAAAUAGUCCAUCAAAAAAUGAUCCCCUACCGAAUAGCCAAGUUAAUUUAAAUGGAAUCAACGAUUCUAUUAACGAAGAUAAUGAUCCUGAUGAGCGUAGCUCUGCGCUAUCAAAAUAUAAUCGAAGUUCUGCUAUAAGAAUAGAACAAAAAAAUUUAAAUUAUAAUUAUGGUAAACGUAAUAAAAAGAGUAUCAAAGAAGAUUUAACAUUAGAGAUAGAUAAUAACUUUGUGAAUUUAUUGAAAUCCAAUUCAUUUCAAGGUAAUUAUGGGUCCUCCAUUGAAAGUGACAUGUCACCAAUUUUUACGACCAAUGAGUUAAAGGAGACUGAUCUGAUCCUGUCACUUGGUUCAUCUCCUAAUUCGAGAGAUUUAGGUAGAGAUUUUGAAAGUGAUAUUGUUGUGGGUAACUUGGAUCCUAUUAAUGAAGAUUCUGUUGAAUCAACUCCCGUCCCGGAACCGAUUCGCAAAGAUGAUAUUAAUAUUAAUUUAUUGAAUAAUAAGGUCAAUAAGAUCAACAUCAAUGUUAGCAAUUCAUCCUUAACAUCUUCAACAUCAUCAAGUCCGGUGUCUUUCACCCCACCAUCUUCAGCUAUGGUAUCUAUUAAUAGCAAAAAUGCCUACCCUGUAGAUAUUGAUGGGAUUAUUGAAAGACUUAUCAAGAUUGGUAAGACUAAGAAGACUAAGACCAGAAAGAAUAAAGAUAAAUUUCCAUUUUCUUCCGAAGAGAUCAAGUUCGUUUUGAAUAAAUCAAGAUCAAUUUUCUCAAGUCAACCCACUUUAUUAAAAUUGGCCCCUCCAGUUAAGAUUGUAGGUGAUUUACACGGUCAAUUUGAAGAUUUAAUAAGAAUUUUCAAUAAAUGUGGAUAUCCUCCUUAUUCAAACUAUUUGUUUUUAGGGGAUUAUGUUGAUAGAGGUCACAAAUCGUUGGAAACUAUUUUAUUGUUGUUAUGUUUCAAAAUUAAGUAUCCUGAGAACUUUUUCAUGUUAAGAGGUAAUCAUGAAUCCGCAAAUAUUACUAAAAUUUACGGGUUUUAUGAUGAAUGUAAAAGAAGAUUAUCUUCUUUGACAGGAAAUCACAAAAUGUGGAAAGUAUUCGUCGAUGUUUUCAAUACCUUACCGAUUGCUGCAACUAUUAACGAUAAAAUCUUUUGUAUCCAUGGAGGUUUGAGUCCUGAUUUGGUUGAUUUGAAACAAAUUGAAGAUAUUAAAAGACCAACAGAUAUACCUGAUAAAGGAUUAUUGGCGGAUUUAUUAUGGUCAGACCCCGAUGCAUCUGUUAAGACCUUUUCAUUGACUCAUUGGCCCAAAAAUGACCGUGGAGUAUCAUACUGUUUCGGUAAGAAACAUGUUGAUUAUUUCUGUUCAACUUUUAAAUUUGAUCUUAUCGUUAGAGGACAUAUGGUCGUUGAAGACGGGUAUGAAUUUUUUGAUAAAAAGAAGUUGGUAACUAUUUUUCUGGCCCCAAAUUAUUGUGGUGAAUUCAAUAAUUAUGGAGCUAUCAUGGAUGUUGAUAAAUCUCUUUGCUGCUCUUUUGAUAUGUUAAAACCUAAUUAG